GCCGGGCUGCUGGCCCUGCAGGAGCCACGAGCCAGCCUCGGGGGGCUUUCCAGGGCUGGCAUCUCCCUACUCCUCCUCGCCGGGAAUCGCCGGAGCCCCGCGCCCGCCAGACAAACCCCCGGUGAGGAAGGAGCAGGAAGGGCAGCAGGAGGGCGAGAUGCCGGCGCCGUCCAACACCACGGCCCUGGAGCUGCUCCUCUCCAAGCUGCUCCAGGACUACCUGGAGCGGGGCAACAGCUCUGCCCCCGCCCCGGUGAGGGGUGUUGGCAGCAGCCUGGAGAUCCUCUACGUGCUGCUCAUGAUGGGGCUCUUCGGCUUCUUCACCGUGGGGGUGCUGGUGACCAACCUGCGCUCGCGCGGCCCCGCCGGCGCCCCCGACCCCUUCGACACCUACAUCGCCUCGGACCUGUGGAGCAGGAAGGACAGGGAGCUCCUCCAGGCCAAGGUGCUGGAGAGCUACAAGCUGUGCUGCGUCCUGGAGAACCGGCUGGCCCCGGAGCGGCCGGCGGCGCAGAUCCCCGAGGAGAAGCGUUCCUAAGGGUUGGAAGGGACGACGGGA